AUGCUCGGUUUUAAUGCCUUUGCCAAUCCCUUUGGAAUGAACUUUGUUUCGAACGAGGUAUCGACGACUUUCUUCAAUGCUGACUGGCUCGCGCGCAAAAUUGGGCGGACUUGCUCGUCACGACACUUGAUCAAUGGGCUGUGCCUUUUCUCUUCCUUAUUUUCGUUCCGGAUCUUGUGGGGUCUAUAUCAAACUACCAGACUCUACGUCGAACUCAGGGAUGCCUUGAAGUUCAUCCACUUACCCUUCGGUGCUCUCCCAACUAGCCUUGAUUUUGAGCCUUGUCCCACCUUUGAAGCUGGUCUGGCAUUGUUAUUUCUCGUGGAGAAUAUGAUUUUGAGUGUGCUCAACGUGUUCCGGUCAAGCCUGAUACUGAGAAAUGUGCUUGAUCGUUUCCAGGCGGACAAAGUCGUCGAAAAUAAAUGA